CGGCAAGGCAGGGUCCGAAGCUGCUGCCCCGGGUGGAGUCUGGGUGACGGUGGCCCGCAGUUCCCGCGCCGUCGUCCAGACUUCUUUCUGCAGAGAUUUGAAAAAUGGCAACCAAUGAAAGUGUCAGCAUCUUCAAUUCCGCGUUCUUGACCGUGGAGUACGUAGAUUCACUUUUACCUGAGAACCCUCUACAGGAACCAUUUAAAAAUGCUUGGAACUAUAUGUUGAAUAAUUAUACAAAGUUCCAGAUUGCAACAUGGGGAUCCUUGAUAGUUCAUGAGGCCCUUUAUUUCUUGUUCUGUUUGCCUGGAUUUUUGUUUCAAUUUAUACCUUAUAUGAAAAAGUACAAAAUUCAGAAGGAUAAACCAGAAACAUGGGAAAACCAGUGGAAAUGUUUUAAAGUACUUCUCUUUAAUCACUUUUGUAUCCAGCUUCCUUUGAUUUGUGGGACUUACUAUUUUACAGAGUAUUUUAAUAUUCCUUAUGACUGGGAAAGAAUGCCGAGAUGGUAUACACUGUUGAUAAAAUGCUUAGGCUGUGCAGUGAUUGAAGAUACCUGGCACUAUUUUAUGCACAGGCUCUUACAUCACAAAAGAAUAUACAAAUAUAUUCAUAAAAUUCAUCAUGAGUUUCAGGCUCCAUUUGGAAUGGAAGCUGAAUAUGCACAUCCCUUGGAAACUCUGAUUCUCGGAGCUGGAUUUUUUAUUGGAAUCAUGCUUUUAUGUGAUCAUGUCUUUUUUCUUUGGGCAUGGGUGACCUUCCGUUUGUUGGAAACUAUUGAUGUCCAUAGUGGUUAUGACAUUCCUCUCAACCCUUUACAUCUCAUCCCUUUCUAUGCGGGCUCUCGGCACCACGAUUUCCACCACAUGAACUUCAUCGGAAACUACGCUUCAACAUUUACAUGGUGGGAUAGGAUUUUUGGAACAGACUCUCAAUUUAUUGCCUACACUGAAAAGAUGAAGAAGGCUCCGAAAAAGACUGAGUAAAUAAAUAGCUCAUCUAAACCUUCCUGAAGAUACACUUUCCCUAAUUGAAGCGAGUAGCUAACAUUGCUUCUGCGGAGCAGAAAUAAACAUGCGUCUUGGCUGCCAGGUGAUACAAGGAACAUUAAUGACCUUUAUCUUCCUACUGGGAACUUUUUCUACUCUACAUAAAAGCUCUGUAUGUGUGGAAAUAAGUAAAUAGGUACUGAAAGACAAUUUUCAUGAGGAAGUUUCAAAGGCCACGUUGCUAACCUUAUGGAAAGGUUUGAAGUAAUGGGAGAAGUAUUAAUAAUCUAUGUCUUUCCCCCAAUAACACCUCAUAGUCCUGAAGUGGAAAUUGGUCUUUAAAAUCUUUUAAAUCUGUGGUGGCCAUUUCGGAAACUCUUAGCAGGGUGUUGGCCUCAUAUUGAACUUCACACAUUUUUUAGAAUUUGCCUAAACAUCAAAGUAUCAUGGGUUGGACCACAUCAACUGACAGUGUGAGUGAGGCUGCCGAACGAACCAGGAAGGGCCCGCACUUCCACUGGCCUCGCCCUAUGCUGACUGGCUUGGGGAGAUUCUGUCUCUUUGAGAAGUCCUUUUGGAUUGCAGAAUACUACUGGUAUCCAUAAAUGAAGGCAUUUCUGAAUUGUUGUAAUUGGAAUAUUUUAGUCUAAAGGUUUUUGGGUCACUUGAAUUUUUAAAACAAUUGAGCUUUAUUUCUCCUGUUCACCCUCUCGUUUUUGUAAAUCAAGUAACUGUAUCUUGAAACAUUGUGGACUGACUUGCUGUAUUUGCACUUUGAACUAUUGAAAUAAAUGUGAUUUUUUUUUGUCUGAUUA